CAUUGACACUUAAAAGGUCAAAAUUAGUUGACCCUCUCGCUAUCUCAUCUCAAAUUAACUCCAUCUUCUUCCAAUCCAAACGUAAACAGCGUCACUAUCAUUCAUUUACCAUUAUUAACCACUGAUUCCAUAUUUUACUCCCAAUAUUCACGAUGUGCUUCGCCGGUAUUCCACUAUUAAUGCCCGAACAACAAAACCUCCAUUAGUGCGUGUAUUACUGUGUGUUUUUACACCAAUGGAUGACGGCGGAUCCUUCGUCGCUGUUCGCAGGAUUCCUCAAGGUCUCGAUCGAACCAAUACUUGUCACGCUACUUCAGAUGAGGUUGUUGCCGGCUCAACAGCAUGGCUUGGCAGAAGCCUUUCAUGUGUUUGCGUCCAGAGAAAAGCAGGCGAGUCUCGUCCUUCAUUUGACUUGACUCCAGCCCAGGAGGAUUGCCUACAAAGACUGCAAAACCGUUUAGACAUAGCCUAUGAUAGUUCAAUUCCAGAACAUCAGGAAGCAUUACGGGCAUUGUGGAAAGCUGCAUUUCCUGAAGAGGAACUUCGUGAUCUAAUUUCUGAGCAGUGGAAGGAAAUGGGCUGGCAAGGGAAAGAUCCUUCCACAGAUUUUAGGGGUGGCGGGUUCAUAUCACUGGAGAACUUGCUGUAUUUAGCUAGAAAUUUUCCGAAAUCAUUUCAAGAUCUUCUUAAGAAGCAGGAAGGUGAGAGGGCAAUGUGGGAAUAUCCUUUUGCUGUAGCAGGUGUCAACAUCACAUUCAUGCUUAUUCAGAUGCUUGAUCUUGAAGCAGUAAAACCACGAACUUUUAUCGGAGCAACCUUCCUGAAAUUUCUUUCAGAAAAUGAAUCAGCGUUUGACCUUCUGUAUUGCAUCACAUUCAAGCUAAUGGAUCAUAAAUGGCUUGCCAUGCACGCUUCUUAUAUGGAUUUCAAUGCUGUGAUGAAAUCAACACGCCGCCAGCUGGAAAGAGAGCUUUUACAAGAUGAUGUAACUCGGCUUGAGGAUUUACCUUCAUACCGUCUUCUUACUCGAUAGCGUUAAGUUUUCAUUUCAUCCAAUUUGAUUUUAAAAACCAGCUUUCGGUUUUUUUUCGUAAUUAGUUCAUAGUUUCUUGUGAAGAUGAUAAGAGGAUGACUUGCAUGCUUUUAUUUUCAUUGGUUCAACUUUUUUUGAACAAUUUUACAGUAGGUGUCUCUUACCUUCAAAUUUAAACCCUAUAGUUUUUCCCUU